AUGGAAGGAAGAAGUUUUUUUAGAGGUACAUCAGCAGAGCAAGAUAAUAGAUUUGGAGAUAAACAAAAAAAGAUUUUAAAAUCUAUGAAAUUUCCACCCCAUUUCAAUACUAAAAUUGAUAUGACCAAAGUACAUUUACCAUCAUUCAAAAAAUGGAUAAAUAAUCAAGUCAUGGAUAUAUUAAAAUUUGAAGAUGAUAUAGUUUGUGAUUUUAUAUAUGGUUUAUUAAGUGAAAGUAAUAAUCCAGAUCCAAAAACCAUUCAAAUUAAUAUAACUGGAUUUUUAACCAAAGAUGCAGCAAGUUUUAUGGAUAAAUUGUGGAAACUAUUGAUAAAUGCACAAAAUUCAAUUGGUGGUAUACCAGAGGAAUUUUUAAAGGAUGCACAAUUUGCAUCACAAAAAGCAAAAGAAGAAGAGAAUAGGAUUAAACAAGCAAUUGAUAAAACUAAACAAAAGAUUGAACAAUCCAAUUCAACUGUCAAUAAUUUUAAUAUUAGAAAUCCAACUUAUCAACCACCAUUACAUCAGCAACAACCACAACAACCACAACAACAACCAAUUAAUUAUGGUUUACAACAACCACAACCACAAAAAAGAUUUACUGAUCAUCCACCACCAUACCCACCACCUCAAACAAUUGCAAAAACAAUAACUCAACAACAACAACAACAACAACAACAACAACAACAACAACCAAAUAAUGUACAAAUACCAUCACAAGCAAAAAUACCACAAAAUACAACAACAACAACAACAGCAACAGGUGUAAUACCAGUAAAAACAGAGAUUAAUAUUGAUCCAAGUUUAGAUUUAAAAGGUUCAAGAAAGAAUAGAACUGAAUAUAAAGAUAGAGAUAGAGAAAGGGAAAGAGAGAAAGAAAGAGACUAUAGAGAAAAGGAAAGAGAAAGAGAUAGAGAAAGAGAUAGAGACAGAGAAAGAGAUAGAGAAAGGGAAAGAGAUUUAAGAGAUAGAGAAUAUAAAACUCGUGAUUACUAUCAUGAUAGUAGAGAUUAUCGUGAUGACAGAGACCUUUAUGAUAGUAGAGAUUAUAGAGAUAGUAGAGACUAUAGAAGUAGUAGAGACUAUCGUGAUGAUAGAGAUUAUCGUGAUAAUAGGGAUUAUUAUAGCAGCAGUAGCAGUAGCAGUAGCAGCAGUGGUAGAGAUAGAGAUAGAGACUAUAGAGAUAGUAGAGACUAUAGAAGUAGUAGAGAUUAUCGUGAUAGAGAUUAUCACAGUAGCAGUAGUAGUUUAAGCAGUCGAGAUAGAGACCAUCGUAGUAGUAGAGAUCAUCAUCAUUAUUCAUCUUCCUCCUCAUCAUCAUCAUCAUCUUUAAGAAGAGAUAGAAGUAGAUCAAGAACUCCAGAAUAUCGUGAUAGAAGUAAAAGCAGAUCAAGAAGCAGAAAUAGAAGUAAAAGUAAUGAUAGAAAACAAAAUAAAAACACAAGUAGAAGUAGAUCAAGAAGUAAUAGUAAUAGUAAUAGUGGUGGUAGUCGUAGUAGAAGUAGAGAUAGAAAUAAAAUUAGUGAUAGAUCUCCAUCUAGAAGUAGAAGUAAUGAAAAAAGGUUUAGAAGUCCUUCUCCCUCAAAUAAUAAUAAUAAUGAAAUUAAUAAUAAUAAUAAUAAUAAUAAUACUAAUGGCGAUAAUAAUAAUAAUAAUAAUAAUAAUAAUAAUAAUAAUAAUAAUAAUAAUAAUAAUAAUAAUUAUAAUGAAGAUUCUAAUAAUGAUGAAAAUGAUAGCGAUAGCAGAAAAACUAAAAAACCAAAAUCACUAAAUAUUUAUAGUGAUGAUGAUUUUGAUGAUAAAUCAAAUUGA